AUGCCUGUUAGUAAAUUUCGUGAAGAAUUGAAGAAUAUCCUUAUAGAACCAAAUACUACAACAAUUACUUCUAUUAAACAAAUUUUACAUGAAAACAAUUAUUUCAAUCUUAGUAAUGCAGAAAGACGUCCAAUAUUGGAUCAAGUGUUAAGAUGCCAUGUUUUAGACAUAGUAUCAUCAAAACCACCAAAUUUAUAUGAUGUUUGCAAGAUGUGGACAUCAUUUACAAUUGAACUUGUACGAAAUGAAAUGUGUACUGCUAUAAUGCCAGUAGCUAUAUUGUCGGAUAUGUUUGCUGUGACUACUAUCAAUGUUUGUGAAAAAAUUUUUGAUCAUGUGGAAUCCAAUGUAAAUGUUUUAAAAGAGCCUAGAUUUUUUAUGGCAAGCAAGAACAAUUUAUUACGAAUGUGCAAUGAUAUAUUACGUCGUUUAUCUAGAUCACAGAACACAGUCUUUUGUGGGCGUAUUUUAUUAUUUUUGGCCAUAUUUUUUCCUUUUUCUGAACGCUCAGGUCUAAACAUUAUAAGUGAAUUUAAUUUAGAAAAUUUAACUGAAUAUUUGAAUGAAAAUCAUUUUGAUCAAACUGAAUAUAUGCCAGCUUCAAUUGCUGAAGAUGAAGCUAAAUUAGAUAUUAUAAUUGAAAAAGAGAAUGACGAUAAUAAUCUUUAUUUAAAAUUUUGGUCAUUGCAAGAUUACUUUAGAAAUCCUAAUCAAUGUUACGAAACAGAACAUUGGAAAUUGUUUAUCUCUCAUACAGAUUUCAUAAUUUCAAGUUUUCAAAGUCAUAAGUCGGAACAUGUUAACAAAAUAGAUAAUAAAAGUGCUGAACAAAAUACGUACUACUUUCCAAAAUAUUUGCCAAAUCAAAAAAUUUUAAAAUUGCAAUUAAGUGAUGUAAAUUUUAGGCGUAACAUUCUUAUUCAAUUUUUAUUGCUUUUCCAGUAUUUGGAUGCUCCUGUCAAAUUUAAACUUGAUAGUUUCAAGAUUAAACCAGAGCAACAAGAAUGGAUUAAAAAUUCUAUUACUACUAUUUAUGAACUUAUUAAUAAUACACCACCUGAUGGUGUCAGAUUCUCUGAAGUAGUAAAGAGUAUAUUACAGAGAGAAGAACAAUGGAAUAAAUGGAAAAACGAUGGUUGUCCAGAAGUAACAAAAAGACUACCUACAAGUGAUCAAAGUGAUAUGACCGCGCCCAAACGAAGAAAUUUAGGGGAUGUUAUAAAAAAUAUGACUGCUAAUAACAAAGUUUUUCUUGGAGACCCUGAUUUAACCAAGCUGUGGAAUUUAAAGCCAGAUAAUUUAGAAGCUUGUAAAAGACCUGAACGAGAUUUUUUACCAUCAUUUGAUUCAUUUUUCAAGGAAGCAUUUGAGCAAUUGGAUGCAGAAUUAUGUAUUGAAAGUCAAAACAAAAAAGUAAAUGAUAUAAACUUUGGAUGGCGUGCACUAAGACUAUUAGCUCGUAAGAGUCCACAUUUUUUUGCCAACAGCGGUGAUUCUAUUCAAAAAGUACCUGAAUAUUUAGAAAAUAUGAUUAAAAAAACAUUGAGCAAAGAAGAAAUAUCCAUCAACCAAGAGCCAGAUAAGCAUGUAUCACCAAAUAAUGAAUUUAAAAAAGAAUCUAUAAUUGAAACAGAAGAAAUUCCUAAACAGAUAAUUGAUCAAGUUGCAGCUGCAAUAGGAGAAAAAUGGACUAUACUUGCUGAGAAACUUGGUUACCAGCCAGAUAAGGUAACAUGUAAACAUGUUUAAUUAUGUAUAUAUGGUUUCUUAAAAGUAUUAAGACUUAGCUUUUUACUUAUUAAUUUUAAUUCAGUGGAAAUCAUAUUUUAUAGUAUAUGCUGAAAUGUAUGUGAUGUGUAUCAUUGGUGUUGGGUAUCAGACUAUUAUAGUAUUGUACGUUUUGUUAGAAGUUAGUGUCAAUGUACGGUAAUUAAAUGUGCUUCCUUUUGUAUUCAUUGCCAUUGACAUAGUUUUCCCCUAAAAAAGUUGGUUAAACCAAAACUUAUAGAAUAUAUCUAGUACUAAAAUAUUGUUUAAUCUUAAUAAUUAUUUUUUAGAUUGAGUUGGUGAAAACAAUAAAAACUACACCUUUAGAUCAAGCCACAUAUGUACUUGAAGUGUGGGUUGAAGAUGCAGAAAAUCACAAGUCUGAAAACCUUAUGUAUAUUCUAGAAGAAAUGC